UUGACUUUUGUAGUUAACCUCAAUCUUUAUUAUUUUUUGAAGUAAAAAUAACAAAGAGUCGAAAUGACCAAUUCUCCUGAUAAAUUUGGAGCUGUAAAAGGCUUUGUUAAUCGAAAUUUAGUGCUUAUUGUGAUGGUCCCUAUGUUGAUAACCUUACAUUGGGGUUGGUUUACCCUCCAAAAGAAUCCUAACUUGGUCGAUCAGUCGAACAGAAAGAAUCCUUUCGAUAUAGUUAUGAAAAACAUCAAAAAUAAAUGGGGCGAUAAAAAAGCAGAUGAGAAAGAUUCUUGAAGUGAUCAAUCACUAGUGGAAAUUUAGUUACUUGUUUGUAAACUUUUAUGAUAUUGAUUUUUUCUGAUUGUAAGGAGUCAAAAUCAAAUGUGCUUAUUUUUGUCAUUAAACACUAUCAUUGGUU